AAUUGGGCGUAAUCCGAUCCUGCCCUGGUUCUCAGACCGGGCGCGCUUCCGCGCACUCUGCUGCUGGCGGGGGCGCGCAUCACGAAGGGACCUGGCUGACACGGCCGGAGCCGGACUCGCAGCGGGGGUGUCACCGCCAAACCGUCUCCUUCCCAGUGUGGCGGCCAUGCCAGCGUAGGGAGAGCGCAGCAGCCGCCGCCACCCGGCGAUGGAUUCCUGGAGGGACUGCUUUCUGGUCCACUGGGUCUGGCAGCAGCUGGGCUGCGAUCCACCAAAUCAUAGUGAAACGCGGACAGUUUAUGUGGCAAACAGGUUCCCUCAACAUGGCCAUUAUGUUCCUCAAAAAUUUGCAGACAACAGAAUAAUCUCAUCUAAGUACACAGUGUUGAAUUUUGUUCCAAAAAACUUGUUUGAACAAUUCCGAAGAAUAGCCAAUUUUUAUUUUCUCAUCAUCUUUCUUGUUCAGCUUAUGAUCGAUACUCCAACAAGUCCUGUAACAAGCGGACUUCCGUUAUUUUUUGUUAUUACUGUAACAGCUAUCAAACAGGGCUAUGAAGAUUGGCUGCGUCACAAAGCAGACAAUGAAGUCAAUGGAGCUCCAGUUUAUGUGGUCAGAAGUGGAGGCCUUGUUAAGACUAGAUCGAAAAAUAUCAGGGUAGGUGAUAUUGUCAGAGUAGCCAAGGAUGAGACUUUCCCUGCCGAUCUGGUGCUUCUCUCGUCAGACAGAGUGAAUGGCUCAUGUCAUGUGACUACCGCAAGUCUGGAUGGGGAAACAAAUCUCAAAACGCACUUUGCAGCCCCAGAAACAGCAGUAUUACAGUCUGUUACAAACCUGGACUCAUUAAUCGCAGUCAUCGAAUGUCAGCAGCCAGAAGCAGACCUUUACAGGUUCGUUGGAAGAAUAACCUUGCAGGAGCACUCGGAAGAUAUUGUGAGGCCUCUUGGACCAGAAAAUUUGUUGCUUCGUGGAGCAAGGCUGAAAAACACAAAGGAAAUUUUUGGAGUGGCCGUAUACACGGGGAUGGAGGCAAAAAUGGCAUUAAAUUACAAGAGUAAAUCACAAAAACGUUCUGCUGUGGAAAAGUCCAUGAACACAUUCCUGCUUGUAUAUUUGAUCAUUCUUCUGUUUGAGGCAAUUCUUAGUACAAUUUUAAAGUAUGCAUGGCAAGCUGAAGGAAAAUGGGAUGAGCCAUGGUACAACCAGAAAACUGAACAUGACAGAAAUAGUAGUAAGAUUUUGAAAUUCAUUUCUGAUUUUCUGGCAUUCUUGGUCCUUUAUAAUUUUAUCAUCCCUAUUUCGCUUUAUGUGACUGUGGAGAUGCAAAAAUUCCUUGGUUCAUUUUUUAUUGGUUGGGACCUUGAUCUAUAUCAUGAGGAAAGCAAUCAAAGAGCACAGGUCAACACAUCUGACCUAAAUGAAGAGCUUGGUCAGGUAGAGUAUGUAUUUACAGACAAAACGGGUACACUGACUGAAAAUGAGAUGCAGUUUAGAGAAUGUUCGGUAAAUGGCAUUAAAUAUCAAGAGAUCAAUGGAAAACUUGUGCCAGAAGGAGUGACUAUUGAUUUCCCUGAUGGCUCCCCUACAAGCUUGACUGUGGAAGAAGAGAUUUUCUUCAAAGCUGUUUCCCUGUGCCACACAGUACAAAUAAGUUAUGAUCAACCAGAUGGCUUUGGUGAUGGUCUCCUAUAUUCAAAUGGGAUAUCCAGUCAGUUGGAAUACUAUGCAUCCUCACCUGAUGAAAAAGCCUUAGUUGAAGCCUCCAGAAGAAUGGGUGUUGCGUUUGCUGGAAUCAAUGGAGAAAUUAUGGAACUUAAAAUACUUGGAAAAAUGGAGAGGUACAAAUUGCUUCAUGUUCUGGAGUUUGAUGCAAAUCGUCGUCGGAUGAGCGUCAUUGUACAGAGUCCUUCUGGCGACAAGAUACUUUUCACCAAAGGAGCAGAUUCUGCUAUACUUCCAAAUGCCAAAAGUGGAGAAAUAGAUAGAACGAGGCUACACGUGGAUGAAUUUGCCAUGAAAGGGCUACGGACAUUGUGUAUGGCCUAUAGGCGGUUCACAGCAGAAGAGUACCAAGAAAUUGAUCAGCGACUGCAUGAAGCCCGGACUGCAUUACAACACAGGGAAGAGCGUCUGGCUGAUGCAUUCGAUAUCAUUGAGAGAGAGCUGGAGCUGCUGGGAGCAACUGCCGUUGAGGACAAACUUCAGGACAAGGUCCAGGAAACGAUUGAGGCACUCCGGGUAGCUGGAAUAAAAGUCUGGGUACUUACAGGAGACAAACACGAGACCGCUGUCAGUGUCAGCUUAUCUUGUGGACAUUUUCACAGAACUAUGAAUAUUCUUGAACUUGUACAACAAAAGUCAGACCAUGAAUGUGCUGAGCAGUUAAUGCAGCUUGCUAGACGGCUGCAAGAUGACCAUGUGAUUCAGCAUGGGCUGGUUGUGGAUGGAGCCAGCCUUUCUCUUGCUCUCAGGGGACAUGAAAAGCUUUUCAUGGAUGUCUGUAAAAGCUGCUCAGCCGUGCUGUGUUGUCGAAUGGCACCAUUACAAAAGGCAAAGGUGGUGAGGUUAAUAAAAAUUUCUCCUGAGAAACCCAUCACGCUUGCCAUUGGCGACGGGGCAAAUGAUGUAAGCAUGAUACAAGAAGCUCAUGUAGGCAUAGGAAUCAUGGGAAAAGAAGGGAGACAAGCUGUGCGGAACAGCGACUAUGCAAUUGCGAGGUUUAAAUUCCUCUCAAAACUGCUUUUGGUGCAUGGUCACUAUUACUACAUUAGAAUAGCUACUCUUGUACAGUACUUUUUUUAUAAGAAUGUGUGUUUUAUCACACCACAAUUUUUGUAUCAAUUCAUUUGUUUAUUUUCACAACAGACACUGUAUGACAGUGUGUACCUGACUUUGUACAAUAUUUGUUUCACUUCCUUGCCUGUCCUGAUGUACAGUCUGUUUGAGCAACAUGUGCAUCCACACAUGUUACACACCAAACCUAGUCUCUAUAGAGACAUUAGUAAAAAUGCAUUACUUGGUUUUAAGCCAUUUCUUUACUGGACCCUUCUGGGCUUUAGUCACGCCUUUAUCUUCUUUUUUGGAUCAUAUUAUUUAAUGGGUGAAGAUACAUCUCUUCUUGGAAAUGGGCAGAUGUUUGGGAACUGGACGUUUGGGACGCUUGUGUUUACUGUUCUGGUUUUAACAGUUACGUUGAAGAUGGCUCUUGAAACACAGUUCUGGACGUGGAUACAUCACUUUGUUACCUGGGGUUCCAUUGCAUUUUAUUUUAUAUUUUCACUGUUUUAUGGUGGAAUCAUCUGGCCGUUUUUGCAUACACAGGACAUGUACUUUGUGUUUGUGCAGCUGCUUUCCAGUGGAUCUGCAUGGUUUGCUGUUAUCAUCAUCAUCACAACUUGUCUUUUUCUUGAUGUCAUGAAGAAAGUGGUAUACAGACACCUAUAUCCUACAAAUACAGAGAAGGCACAGCUUACUGAGACAGGAUCAGGUAUCAGCUGCUUGGACUCAAUGUGCUGCUACACAGGCGGGGAGACAGCAUGCGUGUCUGCUAGAAGACUGUUGGAACGAGUGAUGGGGCGAUGCACUGCGCCACGGGUCACCAGGUGUGAAACCUCUCUAAAUAGCCUUUGCUGCCAACGGGUCUCCUAUAAACUGGAAAAUGAUGAACCUGCAGCUUUAAAUGAAUAGGGGCAAUCUAUCUCUUUCUCUCUGUAAUACACAUAUUGCUCUUAGGUAUUCAGAGCAAGGAGCAAUGUGUUCAUGAACUUUUCUUAAGCUUAAUUUCCAAUGUUGUCUGUACAUUUUUAUAUAAUGCUUCUAUGUUAUAUGUGUCUUUGAAUUGUCUGGCUUUUUUUGGGGAGGGGAGCUUGGAUCUUGGCUGCAUAUUUCAAUAUCUGGUGGCAUUUCCCUGUAUGGUCAUUUUGUUUCCUGGGAUUUUAAUUUGACAUUUGGGGUUUUGGUUCUUACGUGGAUACACACAAGGUUUUUCUUGAGAGGGGAGAGAGUUGCGGGUUCAGUAUGGAAAGUGUCCCAAAAUAAAAUCUGUUUGUACAGUAAAAGGACACUAAUCAGUAGUAUAUAAAAUAAAGUAGAUCUGUUAAUUGAAAUCUCAAGAGCAGCUGACUUUAUCUGAAGAACCUUUUGUGUAUCAGCCUUCUUCGUACAGUCAAUAUCCCAUGCAUUGCUCAAACUUGCAAAUAAUACUGAUGAUUGUGAUUAAUCAUUUGUUUCUUUUUUUUUUCUGUAAAUGUGAUAUUCACAUAAGAAAAAAAAAAGAAACCCAGAUUGUAAAAGUCAGUUGGGUUAUGUCAUGCUUCUUCUGUUCAAUAUUGAAGGCAUAUAAUGCACAUUGCACAGUAUUGCUGCUCUAAUUCGCAUUGAAUAUUUCUCAGCAAGUGUUGUUAUAAAGUGUAGCCCUAUACGCUGCAGAUUAAACCAUUUUUCUGCUGAACCAGUGUUCAUGAGAAUGCAGGUAAUCCACUAGGGGGUGGUGUUUGGUUCAACCCACAAUACCGCCAUUGUGUGUAAGAGGCUUUUAUCCCAGGCUCCAUUUAUUUUAUGUUAAUGUAUGUUUCCAAUGGACAAUAUGCAAACAGUUUUUAUAUUUAGAGCAUAAAUGGUAAGGUAUAAAAUGCUUUUUUUUUAUUUUAAAUGACUGUGUGUGUAACUCAGAGCUUCAACAAGAGUAAAUAUUUAUAACAGUUAUAAACAAAUUGUAUUUUUUUUAGCAUUCUUUCCCGAUGAUCCCCAUUUUCAUAAAUAAACUCAUCUUUACAAAAUCACAAAUGCUGUUUUGUUUAGCCAAAUGGAAAAGCUGCUUCUGACAAUGUUUGGGUUGUUUUUUCAAUCUUUCGCCUAUGUGCAUGUUAAUCUCCUCUGUACUUUAAUCGGGGUUUCUCAAUAAAAUCUAAAUCUUGCCUUUUCUAUGACCUAUGUAGCUUGAAGUAUUGAACCUACAGAGUUGUUAUUUUCACCCCUGCACAUUCUCCAGUGAUGGUGCCUUGUGUUUGGCUUGUGUUACCAGUUUCCAUAAAUGUAGAUUUUAUUAAACAUCACUUACACCCAGUGGAGGAAAAUCCU